AUUGUUGACAGAGGCUAUACAGCGGAAUUGGUUGUGGAGCCACUGUGGCUGUGUCUGCUAACUGGUUCCGGGUACCUAGAACAGUUUAUUUUUGAAAAUAAAGUGUGUUAAUUUGUUCAUAAAAUGAUGUCUUCUAUUGUGCAGAUACCCCGAUUAAUGAGGAUUCCUAACCUUCAAAGACGCACCUUACAUUUAUCGGCAGUAUGCGAGAAAAACCAGUCAGGACGAUAUCGUGUGACCCCACGUCGAGACUUUCCAUUAACAUACGAAAUGGCAAAUCCGCCACACUACAUAGUGCAGAGGAAGUCGUGGAACUCGUGGAAUACAUCAAAUAUUGUCGGGGGUCCUCGGCCUUCAGAAACAGCAGUCGAAGACGUUUUCAUUAGAAAAUUCGUAAUCGGUACAUGGCACGCGUUAUUCGUUAGCGAAAUUAUUAUUAAAAGGCAGUUUAACAUGAUUCGUAUAGCCGGCAUUAUACGGCAAGCUGUAAGUCCCCGAAAAAUGUAUUUCUUAAUCGGGUAUACAGAAGAAUUGUUAAGUUUUUGGUUGCAGUGUCCGGUUAAGUUAGAGUUACAGACUGUAGCUGAUAAAAAGGAUGUGAUAUUUAAAUAUAUUUAAGUCUUUUAACGUUUAUUUGGCGGUAAUAUGUUUUUGAGUUGUACAUAUUCACCAUAUAAUGGUAUCGGAUUUGUGGUGAAAUAAUU